CAAAAAAGGAUCAGAAUUCAUUACAAAGGACUUUUUGGUUUUGUUUUUUGGCAACUCUUUGAUUGUCAAAAAGAAACCAAACCCUAAUUUCUAUUUGACAUUUUUUUUUAGAUUUCGAAACGCACCUCCUCUCUCGUUCCUCAAUCUCACCGGAUCUACAUCUCCGUUCAAAAUCAAGCCAGAUGUCUAACGUAGCCAAGACCAAAUCAAGAGACAAGAAGGUUGUUGUUGUGAAUGAAUCACACAAGACACCUACUAAAGCCUCCUCCAUAGGCGGUGCUUACAAUCCUCUCUUAGUUGAGUCCUCCUCCUCAUCUCUCCACACCAACGGCCGUUUCAGAAGCAUUGAUGAGUCUGACGACUGUGAUUCCGUCUCCAACAACGGUAGCUGGUCUGGAGACUCCGAAGACCACAAAGAGAAAACAACAGCAGCACCUUCUACAGCAAAGCAGGAAACCACCAUUGACAACGAGAAGAGGGAGAAGAUGCGGCUCAAGAACGAGAGGAAGCACCAGCGCCAGAAGGAGAAGCGAGCUCAGGAGCUGCACGAGCGGUGCUGCCAGUUCCUGAUGUCGAGGAAGCUCGAGGUGCUUACUCAGAAGAUUAUAGCUAUGGAGAUUCCUCAUCACGAGAGGGCAACUUACGCUCUUAUGCUGAACGAAGGGAAGCUGGAGGAGUCUGUUAACUGGCUGCUCGAUGUCGGCGGGGCGAGUGUUGAGGAUAAGAAGCUGGAUCCUUGUUUUGGGAGCUUGAAGAUUGAUAUCUCGGGGGAGCUAGGUAGAAUCUUGGAGUUGGAGACAAAGUACAAGUGCACAAAGCAGGAUGUGGAGAGGGCUGUGGUCACUGCGGAAGGGGAUGUUGAGAGAGCGGAGGAAUCGUUGAGGAGACAGAAGCAAGACCAUUCUGUAAAAGUAGAGGAUGUUAGUAGUAAUAAUAGCAAAUCCCCUGAAGAAGAGAGAAAGAAUCUCGGAAACCAAAGUGUUAAUCCAAUGGAUAAGAUUAACAUGAAGUUGCAGUUGAUGAAGAAUGCUGCAAUGGAGGAGAAGAAACGCAUGUUGAAUCAACAGCCGCCGCCGCCGCCUAGGCCAAUGGAAGAAACGCAUCAUGUGGCGGUGUCUAUAGGGAGGGAACCAGUGAUGGUGAUGCAGCAGCAACAACGCUCUCAGUCAGCUAACACAAAUGUGCCACCUGUCUCUACUAUGAAUCCUUCCUUUACAGUAUCAGCAGGAGGGGGAGGAGGAGGAGGGAGCGGUUGGUACCCUGCGAAUAGUCAAACUAACGGCUACUUGCCCACGAGAACUCCCCCUCCUAGUGAUCUGUACCAGCAGCUUCAGUAUCAGCAAUAUCAAGGCAACAACGGACACAUAAUGGGAAGGCCAAGUGAGCAACCGCAUGCCGUGGCUCCAGCUGCUUCUCUUGGGCUCUUCUCCGGGUACGGAUCAGCGUCUUCAUCAGGGAUAGACUGGAGCGCUGAUGGGUCAGUAGGGAAAUAUGAUUACAGCAAAAUUGAUUGGAGUUUAGACAGGGGACUAGCUUGUCCGAGACAAGAGGAACAACAACAGUAUGUUGCUGAGGCAUCACAGUAUGAAGCAGACAUGAGUGGAAGGACGAGAAUGAAUGGGAAUGUGAAUGGGAUGGGAGUGCAGGAAGUUGCUUUAGUGGGGAACGGUGGGAGGGAGUGGACAUCACCGUUUGAGGGUAAAGAUCUGUUUGGUUUGUCUAGACAGUAUGUGCCUCCUUCACUUUGAAGGUUGAAUGUUUGCUUCUAGAAAUAAUUUAAAAAAAUGCAAGGGGAGAGUGAGAGAGAGAGAGAUAAUGGAUGGAUGGUAUGAGUUUGUGGUUACUAGUUUUUAUCAAGUGUUUUCUUGCUUGUUUGCUCAAAA